AUUUUAGCGGAUUUGAUUAUUGAAUUAAAAAAAUUGCUAUUGAAUUUAAUGUGGAAUAGAAACAUUGUGUUAAUUCGAAAGUUUCCUGAAUAAGUGCAUAUGCAACUUAGACAAUUUUUUCAGUAAAAGCUUUAAGAAAAAUAUAACUUUGCGGAUUAGCAGAUAGUAGAUCUUAAUAGCUCAAUAAAUAAUUAGCAAGUGCUUGGCUAUGAAGUAAAUAAAGACUAAGUAGAAGAAAUAUCAUCUUUCAUUAAAUCAUAAACAAUCAGUCUGUUAACAAGUGGAAGUCUAAUUAACUUCGACAGUUCUAUUUAAAUAGGAAUUCUGCACAACUUUAUCCUUGCUAAGUUUAAAGAUAAAUCCACUAUUAGUAAAUUUAUAGAAUAGAGCUAAUGUAUUAGUUACGAAAAAAUAAAUAAUGAGGAGAUUAAACUUUAUUAUGAUAGUGAUUUGAAGUCCUUAAAAGCAAUUGAUAUUAUUAAAUCUAAUUUUCAAGAUAAAAUUAUUAUUGACGAUUAAACAUUUAGAUUGAUUUUUAAUAAUCAUGAAAUAUCUUCUGACCUCUUUGAUCCAAGUUGCGAUCAAAUAUAAAAAUAACAAAUAGAAAGCCAUCCAAAAAGUAAACUAAUAUAUUAAUCGAUAAUUAGUCGCCAAGAUACUCCUCCUCGUCCACCAAGUAUCAGUGUUUUAAAUAAUGAAAAGUAGAUUUCAAACCAAAUUUGCUCUGAUAAUACAAGUAAUGAAGAUCAAAUUUAAUAAAAAUAACAAGAUAAUAAAGAAAAUGAUUAAUAAAAUGAAAUAAAUUAAGUGAAAAAAUAAGAAAAUGUAAAUAGAUUAAAUAGGAAUAAUGAGAAUAUAGAAGAAAAUUGUUAAAUAGUAUAAAAGUAAAAUACAGCUUAAAACAUAUUACUUGCUGAAAUUAUUCAUAGUGAUGAUGGUGAUGAUAAUGAAGAAGACAAAGUUCAUGAAAUCAGUGAUCUUUAAAAUUUUUAUAGUUGCAAAGAAUUAGUUGACCAACAUUAAAAUAAGUCAGACUCAAUAAAUGAUGAAAAGAAAAAAAUAAGGAGAGCUUAGUCACUUUAUAAUAUUGAGUAAAAACCAAAAAAAAUAUUGCAUUCUGAGUAGCAAGAGAAAUAAAAGGAUAUUAAAAGUGGAAUAGACAAAUUAAAUUCAGACUAAAAAUACUUCAUAAAUAUUUUAUUAAAUUGUAUUGUUAUUUUGGUUAUAUAUAAGAUAUUAAUCAAGUGA